AUAACACAUUUAUACAUUGUAAAACAGAUGCACAUAGAUCUAUGGAAAUUCGAUUGUCUGUAAUUAAUAUAUUCGCAAAAUUUAUCAUUUACGCUGGUUCAUAAUAAAUUAUUUAUAAUUUAAAUUUAUAAGGCUAAAAUUUACUAUUUGUUUCUGUCGUCAUAUUGCAAAGCUUUAUCAUAAGCGGACUUCCCUUUAAAAGCUCUUUCGUUGAAAAUUAUAUAUACGUUUGAAUUAUACGUUACGGAUUCAAAAUUUAGAUUAAAACAAUAUGUGAUGUAUGUAGAUACAUGUAUUGUGAUAUGAGUAGUAAUACAGUUGUGCGAUUUUGCAAGUGAUAUACUUUUGAUACAAUUGAAAAAUGAAUGACAUGGAGAUUUAUAUUACCUGCCCAUACAACAAAUGUCAUCGUAUUAGAAAAUCUAGAUUUCAAAUUCAUAUAACAAAAUGUGCCAAAAAUUACCCGAAAAAUUACAAGGUUAUUUGCAAAUACGAUAGAUCACACUUAUUAGACCCGCAAGAGUAUGAGCACCAUUUGUUAGUAUGUCCAACAAGUGGAGAUGUAAAAAGCAAGGAAAUCACGUUAGAACCAAAUGAAGACGUUCAGACAGUUCCAAUACAGAGUGUACCUAGCAUGAAAACUUAUACGAAGGCUGAAGACUGGACUGGAAAUAGUCAACCAUAUAAUCCAAUAGCUGCGACAGAAAAUAGAGAUGUAAUUAGAGGGGUGAUUGCUAUGUCAAAAUCAAAGAAGAAACAGUUUAAACUGUAUGAAAGAGAGAGAAUGUCUCUUAUUCAAAAAACUGACAGCAACGCCAGCAGCAACACUAGCAACAGCACGAGUACUACAAGAAAGAAAGUAGACAUUGAACAACCAUUGCAGCCACCUAAACAACUUUCUAAAGCAAUGUUAUGUGAUGGAAAUUUUGCUAGUAAUCUCAUUUCUAAGUUAGGCAAAUUGAAAAUAGAGGAAAGCGAUGGGAAGAAGGAAACAAAGAGUAAUUCAUCGAAAAGAGAAGAUGUUUCCAUUAUAAGUAAUAAUAGUAAUAAGAUAGCAGAUUCUGAAAAAAAUUGCUUGAAAAAUGAUACUAUUGAUACAAGUAUUGAUAUAGGUAUCACUUCUUCAACUAUAAAUAAUAGUUUUAGUCAAAAAGAAAAAGAAAAUAUUUCUAAUGAAGAAAACAAUGCUGUUACAUCAUUUAAAAAUAUUUUUGAGGCUAAUAAAGAUGUUUCAGAUAUAGGAAGUGAUUCUAAAAUGAAUGCAAUUUCUCAAGGAAAUAAUUCUGAAACACAAGGAAACGAUAAAAAGGAUAAUAUUAAAAGAAAUAAUUCUCAACCAAAGUUAAGCAAACAAGGUAACUCUAACUCACAGAAUAUUAUUUCGUGCAAUACAAAAAUAGCAGCAAAACUCUAUGGGGAAGCAAAAAAAAUUAGUACUGGGAGAGGAUUCACUAGAAUUUAUCAGUAUUUGAACUCUAAUAUGAAAAUGGGAGAAGAAGAAGAAGGGGAAAAAAUGACACAAGAUUUGGCUUCUGGUUAUGACAAAGAAUAGAAAAUACUUUAAUAAUAUGCUUAAUUUCGUUAUUUCUGUUAUUUCGUUCUUAACGUAUUACCUUAUGAAAUUCGUUUUUCUUUUUAAGAUGUUACAAGCAAUUCCUUCUCCUUCUUAAAAUGUUUGAUAUGAUUUUUAAGAAUUAACGAUGAAGCUAUAUGUAUAGUUUCCAUAAAGUUCCUUUUUCUUUUGUAAUCGUAAAAUGUCGGUAUUUCGUUUUCCUUUUUUUUUUUAAUUAUAUUCUUUUUAAAACUUAAUAAAACUUUCGAAAACAAUGAUAAUUAAAAUGAUUACGAAUAUCGAUUGGAAAAUUACAAUAUUAUGCAAAUUAUGUAUGUACAAAUGAUGUAUUUUUAUAAUACAAUUGGUAAUUCGAUUUUUAAUAGUGACAAAAUAUUAUUCGCUAGAAAAGUACUGAUGAUAAUUGAGUUUAUAUAUUUUUUAAAAUUAAAUAUAUUUUUAUACAACAA